AUGAUCCUACAAAUAUUUUCUCUGCCGUUUCUGGCUGGUAUUGCUAGUGCUAUUAACCUCAAAGUCUCAAGUACCGGCGGUAAUGCAUCAUCUCCACUUAUGUAUGGGCUUAUGUUCGAGGAUAUUAAUCACUCUGGAGAUGGGGGCAUAUAUGCAGAGUUGAUAAAUAACCGAGCAUUCCAAGGAAGCAGAGCAUUUCCAUCAACUCUUGAGCCAUGGGUACCAGUUGGAAAUGCAGUCUUUGCUCUGCAGAACACGUCAAUACCACUCUCCUCUGCACUUCCGACUUCAAUCAAUGUAGCUCCCGGACCUCUCUCAAGCCACGCCAAAAUUGGGCUGCUCAACCCCGGAUGGUGGGGUAUCGAUGUCAAACCUCAGAAGUACACCGGCAGCUUCUGGGCACUGGGCUCAUACAAAGGAGAUUUCACGGUGAAACUUCAAUCGAACCUAACCGACGAUGUUUUUGCCAGUGUAGAGAUCCCAUCGUCUUGCCAGCCCGGUAAAUGGGUAGAGCACAAAUUCGAAUUAGAGCCCAACCUUGCGGCAUCGAACAUCAACAAUACCUUUGUUAUCGAAUUUGAACCCGGCAGUGGAGCUGUGAACUUUAAUUUGAUCAGCCUCUUUCCACCAACGUACAAGAACAGGCCGAAUGGAAAUCGACCAGAGCUCAUGGAGGCGUUGAAAGCUCUCAACCCCAGCUUUAUUAGAAUGCCAGGGGGUAAUAACAUGUCCAACGAGACGAUUGGUCCUCUCACCCAACGUCCCGGCCGUCCAGGUACAUGGGGUUAUGGCAACACCGACGGACUGGGUCUUGUCGAAUAUCUCAACUGGUGCACUGAUCUCGAGGUCGAACCUCUCCUGGCUGUAUGGGCGGGAAUGUAUCUCGGUAGUGAUGCAGACCACAUCCUCUCUGCUGAAGCCCUCGCACCAUGGGUAGAUGAUACACUUAAUGAACUCGAAUUCAUCCUUGGUCCGGUUUCCACGCCUUACGGCGCUCUUCGCGCUUCUUUGGGCUACCCUGAACCUUGGGCUUUGAAAUAUGUCGAAAUUGGCAAUGAAGACAACCUCUACACUAAUGGAAGCAGCACUUACGCAGCAUAUCGCUUCAGUAUGUUUUAUGAUGCCAUCACCGCAGCAUAUCCAAAUCUCAAAAUAAUUUCAUCUACUGGGGACUACACAGCAGUGGGAGGAAGCGGCGAAACUGCUACCUGGACGGAUUUCCACACCUACUCACGACCAGAUACCCUCGUGAGCAUGUUCGACAAGUUUGAUCACGCUUCACGGGAAUACAAGACUCUGAUUGGCGAAUACGCUAUUGUGCAGGAGAACCUAGAUGGACAACUUGCGGGGGUAAAUUGGGACCUACCAAAGUUUCCACAACCAGUUUGGAUUGGGGCUGUGAGCGAGGCGAUUUGGAGUAUUGGGGCAGAGAGAAAUAGCGAUGCAGUUGUGGGCAUGAGCUAUGCUCCUGGGUUCCAAAAUUUGAAUUCUUAUAACUGGAGUCCCGACCUCAUUUCCUUCACCGCCGACGUUUCGCAGACUGUCCUCUCAACCUCUUGGCAUGUAAUUAACCUCUUCUCCAACAGCCGCUACACAUCAACAGUUCCAAUAACCUCAGACUCUCCGCUUGGGCCCGCAUACUGGGUAGCCGGGACCUCCGGAGAAGGAAAGUACACCUUCAAGAUUGCCAUAUACAACGCCACUUCCUCGGUCCCAUUCAACAUCACCUUCGAAGGUGUAGCAAAGGGUGCGUCGGGACGGUUGACGGUAUUGAGUGCCCCGGAGGGGCUGAGUGCUAACAUGUUGGAUGGCGAAGGGGUACCGACGGAGGUGGUGGCAAAGAGAGAGGUGGAGCUUGUUGCGGGGAGCGCGGGAGAGUUUGGAUUUGAGCUGGAGAAUUGGGAGGUUGCUGUUUUCACGACUUGACAUCUACAAUUAACUAUAAAUUAACGGGGUAGCAUUAGCCUCCAAAUUACAAUACUCACUUCGCUUGCUUCCUCUGCUGGGUCUGCCGGGUCUGCC